CAAUAUGUGUUUCAGGAACAAAGAAUUAUGCAAGAGAUCACCACUCAGUCAAGUGGUAACUUCGCAACAAGACUGCUAGCAUCGUUUCAGGACGAGUACAAUCUAUACCUAGUCAUGAGGUAUUACCCAUUGGACCUCUGGGGUCUGGUAUGUAGCAUGCCAGUCGAUUUCACAUUGGAAGCUAUUCAGUUCUAUGCUGCUGAGCUAAUUUUGGGCAUCGAACAACUGCACAAUUUGGGGAUCAUCCAUGGAGACCUCAAGGCAGCUAAUGUGCUUGUCACGCCCACCGGGCACCUCGCGCUUACGGACUUCAACCUGUCGUUUCGGGUUCAGUUGGGCAAUCAGGAAGCCUUACGGGAUGCACAGAUGCGGGGUUACAUGGUCGGAACGAUUGGUUACUUGGCACCUGAAGUGCUCAAGUGGUCGGAGAACGGCGUCAACUACACAGGCCAGGUUGAUCUGUGGGCGUACGGCAUCAUACUCGGCGAAUUG